AUGAACGCUCAGUACUUACAGUCUGCUGAUCAAGAUCAAGAUCCAGAAGAGUCAAAGUUGGUCUUAAAAACUUUCACGGACUCUAAAGGAGCAACAUUCUGCCUGAAAAAGGAAUUAGAGAUGGCACUUGAUGCUUUCAACAAACUAUAUGUUAGGCUAGCCACACUCAUUAGCGAGUUGGACAUUGGAGGUUGUUCUCAACCAGCAGUUUCUGAUGAGAAGAAUAAUUUUGCUAGUAGCUUCUUAACCAAAGCGCAUGCAACAAUAAAAGAAGCUGAUGUUAUGUUAAAUGCCUUGAUGGAAGCAAAUGAAAAUGCAAAAGAAUUGACUGGCCUGUGGAAGCAAACUGGUGAGGAACUGAUGUUAGAGAAAGCAAGCUUUAUUGAAGAAGUUGAACAUCUCAAAAAUUCAUGUCUCACAGAAGAGCUGAUCCAUAAAAUACCAUGCUUUAACGUUGGAAGUGGUUUCCACUCCAGCAGACAGCAAGAAGGCCUUUCAAUUACAAACAAACAACAAAAAAUGUGGUCAAGUUGUGAGGAUGACAUUGCACUUACUAGUAACAUCUCCAAAGACAAUAAUGAUCAAAGUGGAGUCACAAAUUUGAAAGCUGGUGAGCUCAGUUUGUCCUGUGAUAGUUUGAUGCACGAGAAUUUAUCACUGAAGGAAGAACUGCAACGGAAAGAUGCUCUACUGGAGGGCUUGCAUUUUGAUUUUAGAAUGGUGCAGGAAUCAGCAUCCAACACAAUGGAUAUAAAGGAUGAAACUGAAUAG